ACACUAAUUUGGAACUGGAAUUGAAACUCACGUCUCUCACGUAAACCAUGGUGGGAAUGUCGAGCUCACGAAUUUCCCCUCUCUGCUUGCACAAGCUGGAAGGCGUUGUGGAGCUCCGAUUUCAAUGCAAAAGUCAUCGUGUUCUGUUCUUUGCAGCAGAUAGAGGCGGAUUUUUCGGAAGCAUGAGAAAAUGCUCGAAGCUGUGCCUAGUGUCGAAGAACUCGUUCGUGCUCUCGAGUCGCUCGAACCGGAGUCUCUGGCCUCAUUCUCAGCAUGAGCAAGCUGGUAGACUGAAGGUGGCAUGCAGUCUAAUUGAGGGUGAUGUCGUGGAAUACGUGCUGCCUCCGGAGGAUGGGAAUGCAGAGGGCAAACAGAAGAAUUUGGGUGUCGUCGUAAGCAUCUCGGCAAGCGGGCCGUCGACCUUGUGUGAAGUUCAGCCCCUUUGCCAGGAAGUCCCAGGCUCGAACGAAUGGUUAGAAGACGAAGACAAGAGUCCAGAUUGUGUGCCUCUACAUCGGUUGCAGCUUGUCGAAGAAGCCUGGUUUAGUCAGAGAAUGGUCUCGGAUCGAGUUUCGAAUCCUCAUGGAGAGCAUGCCCACAACAUUUGGUUGAUUGACUCCUCACGCUUGAACAGAGAGUGACUCCCUACGGAAGAAUGAACUCCUUGCUCAGUAUGUGGCAGUCCACCCGGAAGCUUCUCCCGCUCGAAGGAGGAGAGGCGAGAGAAGUGAUGCUCGUGCACAAGUGCACGAGCUUCAACUGAACUGACCUAUGGAGGGCUGAGGAGGAAGUGGUUUAGAUUUUAGACCAGCCCGUCGUUCCAGCGAGUGUCAAGAAUCUGUGGAAGGUGGAUACAUAGUUUGCAAAUUGGAAGGCUCAUAAGGCCCACGACAGAUUGCGUGUUUGUAAAUAUUCAGAAGAAUUGAUUUCGUUAGCUCUGAAGGUGGAACGUGUAUCCAAGCUCCUUCCGUCAUCAUGACUUCGAUCCAAAUCCCUGCAACCAGGCAAUGAAAUGGAUGGGAUGAAUUGCUGGUAAGGGAGAAUGACUUUGGGCGUAAAUAUGCAUCGAACCAAUGCUUUGUCCAGCUUUCU